AUGAGCAACACCAACCAACUUGACCCCAAACAGCACCCACUUCUGGCCACUGCAAUGGCCAUCGGGGCCGGGCUUCAGGGGGAGCGUCGGAACCCGCGUGUAAGCCAUAUGCAGAGCGCUAAUGAGGGACCAGCCGAUAUCAUUGCGAAAGUCUCGGGCUGUGUUUCCGGAGGGAAAAGGGAGGAUGAUAGCCUUUACUUUACUAAUAAUGAAGCUAUUCCCUUUCCUGAUCCGUCACAUAGCAAGACCGUCGGAGGCAUUCCCGUUGCAAGCGACGUCUUCCUGUUCCAGAAGCAGCAGCAUUUUAACCGAUCUAAGCCAUUGGAGAGGAUGGUCCAUCCGUGUGGUUCAGGAGCCUUUGGAUACUUUGAGUGCACCAAAGAUGUCACUGCUCUCACGAAAGCCAACUUCCUUGGUACCGUUGGUGAGAAGACGCCAGUGUUUAUCCGUUUCUCCACGGUGACUUUCGGUAGAGAGUACCCUGAUCAAGGGCGCAAUCCCCGUGGCUUCGCCAUCAAGUUCUAUACCCUGGAAGGAAAUUAUGAUAUCCCAAUCUUCUUCUGCCGCGACCCCCUUCAAGGCCCAGAUGUCAUCCGCUCUCAGUACCGCAACCCGCGAAACUUUCUUCUGGACUGGGACGCCUGUUUCGACCUACUAGCCAACGCCCCCGAAGCCAACCACGCCGGGCUGAUGUUCUUCAGUGACCACGGAACUCCCCAGGGAUGGCGUAACUACCACGGAUACGGUGUGCACACCUUCAAAUGGGUCAACAAGGACGGCAACUUCGUCUACAUCAAGUACCACUUCCUAGCCAAGAAUGGUCAGAAGCAGUUCACCGACGAGGAAGCGGUCGCCAUGUGCGGGCGGGACCCAGACUACUCCAAGCGAGAUCUUUGGGAAGCUAUCGAGAACGGCGCGAGCGUCGAGUGGACGGCGCAUGUACAGGUCAUGGAGCCGGACAAGGCCGAUCCAGACCAGCUCGGCUUUGAUCCGUUUGAUCCCACCAAGGUCUGGCCUCGUAGCCAGUUCCCGCUGCACGAGUUUGGUAAGAUCGUACUCAACAAGAACCCAGAGAACUUCCUUCGCGACGUCGAGCAAGCAGCCUUCUCGCCGGGCAGCAUGGUCCCUGGGAUCGAAGACUCACCAGAUCCUUUGCUGCAAUUCCGCAUGUUCUUCUACCGCGACGCGCAGUACCACCGACUCGGAAUCAACUUGCACCAGAUCCCAGUGAACUGUCCGUUUAUGGCCCAAUCAUACGCCUCCCUGAACUUUGACGGCCCCAUGCGUACGGAUGCUAAUCACGCCGGUAACAAGCAAUACGCGCCCAACAGCUUCGCGCAUAAAUUCCGUCCCGAUGCCGCUGAGGCUCCUUACGCGGUUGGCGACAAUGUGGUUAGCCGUAAGAGCCACUACUGGCAUGAGGGGAAGAAGAAUGAUUAUGACCAGGCACGGGAGCUGUGGUCGCGCGUGAUGAGCCCGCAAGCGAGGGAGAACACAUGCAAGAACACGGCUAAGUACCUGUCUUGCGUGAAGUAUGAUGAGAUCAAAAAGAAGUAUCUGGCACAGCUGUACAACAUCGCCCCAGAUUAUGCGAGGGGUGUGUACGAGCUAUUGCCUGAUCCUGGCUUCGAUGUGGAUGAGGUUGCGAAACUGGCAGAAGGGGCCCAUUUAUGGUACAAAGAAAAGAAAUUCCGGCCGACAGGGGAGAAGUUGGUUGGCUUUGCUCCAGGCGUGCCCGUCUACAAUGUGUGA